UUGUUUAGUUACAUUUCCUCUUUCGCUCUUUCACUUUACCAGAAUGGCGAGGUUAUUUCUUCUGAGCCUGUCACCUCGAAUUCGUCGGGGCCAGAUCGUGUCUCAGCCGGUCAUGUGCGAAUAGGCCGUCUUGCGAUUUGGGACGCUGACUCACCUCCAAACGCUGGUCCCUUCACUUGUCAAUUGAUGCAGAGUGGCGGAAGUAGUAUUGCUGCUGGUGGAGGUGCAACUAAUUUGAUUGGAAGUACUGGUGGUUCUGGCGGUGGCAGCAUGCAUUCACCUUUUACUGGUGCCUCAUUGUCGUCAUCUGCCUCUUUGGGUACAGGUUCUGGCAUCGGAGGUACUGGGCUCUUUUCAAUCCGCAACUUCUCUGAGCAACAUCAAACAACUGGAGGUUCGGCUAAUGAUCAACCCAUAAGUUCCAUCUUUCAAGAGGCGAGGGUUGACGCUGGACAUUCAGGAAGCUGUUACCUCUAUGCCAUCGACCGUCUACCUGUGGGCAGCCAGACGUUGAUGGUUCGCGUUAAUGAUAAUGGUCUUACUGCUCUACACACAACAACAACUGUCACUAUCCAUGUUGUAAGGCAGUCUAAUCUGCCCCCGGAGAUUGUUCGGGGCAAUGCAACACUCACCUACUUCGCAGGGAUCAGUAGGUUUGGAAGCCUACAUGAGUCAGAAAGUCAUUAUUCAUAUUCCAGUACCGGAUUUUCUCCCGCCCCACCUCCUCCAAUCGCUAGAGUUACCGUUAAGGACCGCACUGCCUAUGAUAGGCUCGUCUUCGAGCUAGUUCCCGGCAGCCCUGGAACACAGUUGUUUCGAGUAGAUCGUUACGAUGGAAGCAUUCGGCCUGCCAUCCCAGGUGGCUCUGUGGCUGGAGUCUCCAGAAAGGGCGCAGUAAGUGGAUUCGAUUGGCAUGAUAUUGGCACAGACGGGGGUUCCAGGCCAUCGGCCUCUCGUGGUGGCGUCGACAACGAGAUUCUCGACGAUUCUUUGGACCGAAGCUACAAAGCUGGAUCGUCGAUUAAUUCAUUCAGCUUGGAUAUGUGGCGCAGCCUCACGCGCCUUGACUCGGGCAUCUAUCCGCUUCGGAUUCGUGUCAGCAAUGGAUCUCUUUCCUCAGAGGAGACAAUCUUCAUCAGGGUUAGUGCUAUCACAGAGGAAAUGAUAGAAGCCAGCUCAGUAAUACGAAUUGCCAAUUUGAUGCCGAAUCUAUUCUACAUGGAGGCGUAUGAUCUCCGAUUGAAACAGAUACUUGCAGCUCACCUCCUUGCUACCUCACCACCACCCUCUUCUGCUUCUGUUGAGAGUUUGAUUGAUAACGUCUUCCUUCUUUCCAUCCAAGAGGCAUAUAUAACCACCACCAGCUCGACCAACAAGACUGCAUCCGGCAUCUCUCACAGCAGUUAUGGGCAGAUUCGCAAGCAACGCAGCCUGGAUACUGCUGCUGUAGAUGUUCUGGUUGCUAUAUACCGACCAGAUGUAAAUGCCUUUGUACCCCCUGUCCAGGUGGCACAAGCCGUGAGGCGGCUCGCUGACCAUCUUGAGGCAGAGUUCGGAGGUCGUGUGGAGCCACUCACUGACACUUGCCCAAGCCAGUACUUGGUACCUCACGCAUUUCCAUAUUGA